AUGAGGUGUGAUCCAAAAUCAGUAAAGAUGUUAGCCAUUUUGGCUCUAAUUUUCCUAUCGAGCGUAGAAACAAACCGAGCCGCUAGAAUUCCAAACGGCGAACAAGUAUGGACGAGCGAAAAAAUGGGCCGAGAAGACCUUUUGCUGAUCCUCUCAUCCUUGCAACGAGGCCGACCAGUCGGGCGCCCAUCGCCAAAUGGCUGCACGUGGGUUCCCGGCCAAGGCGGCAAGCCUUGCGCCACCACCGUCGGCCAACGUAAUUUUGCCGGAAAGACUCGUCCGGCAGCCGGAAAUAAUUAG